UACUUGCUGAGUCCUGAGUCCUCCUGACACCCGCAACAGAGAAGUCGCUUCGCGUUUCUCCCAGUUAAUCGCUGCAGCGAGGUGCUUUUGCUGGCGGCGGUCGGAUUCGGCUGGAGGAAGGAAGGGAAGCGGAAACAUGGACCUGAGUUCAGGGAUUCAAAAAGUCUCAAUUACCCAUCAACCAUCAGGAAGAGGUGUGCCUUGUUUGAAAUGCAGAGAAAAGUGUGCUGGUUUUGAUCCACAUUCUUGGAGGAAAAUAUGCAAGUCAUGCAAAUGCAGCCAGGAAGAUCACAGCCUGAGCUCCGAUGCAGAAGAUGAUCGGAAAAUUGGCCGCUUGCUUGCUGAUUCAAAAUAUUCUUCACUCACUGCUCGGGUAAAAGGAGGCGAUGGAAUCCGCAUCUAUAAAAGGAACCGCAUGAUUAUCACUAAUCCUAUAGUAUCUCGGAAAGAUCCAACUUUUGACACUAUUACAUAUGAAUGGGCUCCACCUGGAUUGACUCAGAAACUGGCAACCCAAUAUAUGAGUUUGAUUUCAAAGGAAAUGCAACCCGUGGCUGGCACAGAAGGUGCUUAUUACCGUCGUAGAAGGUUGAUGAGGCAACUUCCUCUUUAUGAUCAGGACCCUUCCCAAUGUCGGGGCCUUUCGGAGAAUGAAAUCAAGUUGAUGGAAGAGUUUAUUAAGCAGUAUAAAGACAAUGCUCUUGGAGUUGGAGAAGUUGCACUGCUGGGUCAAGGGGGAGCUACCAAAGAAGAAGGAAAGCAAUCUGAUAAAAAUACUGCAGCAAGUAAGGAACCAGCUUCAACCAAUGGCACAUUGGGCCAUCUAUCAAAAGGGCAGGACUCGUGCUGUGACUUCUGCAAGCAGCUGUUACCUGCUGAGUUUCCGGUAGUGUACGCAGACCGAGCCGGCUACAAUCAUCAGUGGCAUCCAUCAUGUUUUGUGUGCUCUAAGUGCUCUGAACCACUUGUUGACUUGAUCUACUUCUGGAACAAUGAAGCCAUCUGGUGUGGACGCCAUUACUGUGACAGUAUAAAGCCACGCUGCGCAGCUUGUGAUGAGAUAAUAUUUUCUGAUGACUACCUGCAAACUGAAAGCCUUACCUGGCACAAACAGCAUUUCAUCUGCCUGGAAUGUGAGACCUUGCUGGUUGGCAAACCUUUCAUCCUGGAUGCAGCCAGCCUGUGGUGUACCUCUUGCAGUAAAAACAAGCUCCCUUAAACUGGGUGUCAUUUCAAUGCUGAUGUUUUUGUGUGUUCUGACUUGGAACGGACUCAUUGGUGGGGAGGUUUUAAGCCAAAGAAGUUGCAUCCUAAGGAUUUAGAUCACUAAGUUUAUUUGCAAUCAAGUAGUUACAGGAAAUGAGAUGGGAAAUGAUAAUGCAGUAGGAGAAGAAUAGAGGAAUGGAAUGUUCUAGGCCUUUCAGGAAAGACAUUAAACAU